CCGAGGCACGUCUGGAUGGAAACGGCAGGGCCACAGAGAUAAGUUUCCAAUGGUUGUGAACACAUCAGACUGGUUGGUCCCAACCGCGGACCCGGAGCUGGACCCCUGCGGUAACUACACUGAAGCCUGGUUGUGGCUGAGCUCCCUGCAGCCGGCCUACCUGGGAUUGAUCAGCGUUGUGGGGUUGGUGGGGAACGGCCUGGUUCUCUGUGUGUUCUGCCUGCAGAGGAAGCCCUGCACCGUGGCAGAUGUCUACCUGGGGAACCUGGCAGCUGCCGACCUGGUCAUGAUGUCGUGCCUUCCCUUCUGGGCUUUCACCAUCGCCCGGGGUUACCAGUGGGACUUUGGAGAGGUCCUCUGUAAGUUAGUCAAUGUGGCCAUCUCUAUGAACUACAUCUGCAGUGUUCUGUUCCUCAUGCUGGUCAGCGUGGACCGCCAUCUGGCUCUGGGGAAACCCAUGAGCACCUGUCUUCUGAGGAGAGCUGCCUGCGCUAAACGUACCUGCCUGGGGAUCUGGAGCCUUGGCUUUCUCUAUACUCUACCCAUUAUGUUCUUCCGUACAGUGACGUAUGUAGAAGAUCCUGGUGUGGAUGCCUGCAUUCUGGCCUACCCGCACCCAGCAUGGAGAGUCCAACACAACAUCACAAGUAAUGUCUUGGGUUUCCUAAUCCCUGUCCUGGUUGUGGGUUACUGCAGUUAUCACAUCAUAGCUGUACUGAGGGACCGGAGAGCAGGAGGACUUCCCAGGGUGAGGACGGAAAGUAAGGCCACCUACUUGGUCCUGGCCGUGCUGGCUGUCUUCCUCUUCUGUUGGACACCACACCAGGUGAUGCGGUUUCUUGACACUCUGGAUUACUUUCAGGUCACACCUGGAUGCCUUUGGGGUCAUGUCCUGGACAUUGGCAUACAGCUGUCUACCUAUCUGGCAUACAGCAACAGUGCUGUUAACCCCUUCCUGUUUGUCAUUGUGGGGAAGCAUUUCAGAAGAAGGGCAAAGGAAGUGUUCGGAAAAACGUUGAACCCCUGGUCAAAAGACAUGUCCUACCUGACUGUGAGCUUCACCUCAGUGAACAGACUCAAUGAGACACAGCGUAUAAGUAUUGAAAAGUUUCAAAAAUCUGGACUAAAAAAGACUAUAUCAUGACUAAUGGGCUGGUCAAGCCAGUUCUAAUUCCAAAGUCAUCAAAUACUGUCGCUUUGACAGUGCUUUUGGUGUACCAUUGCAUUGACAAAAGUGAACUUUCGCAUCCAUAUGAGAUGCCUCUGGAUGGCAUCAGCUGAGAACGCGUCAGGACGGAACCACUUGUGGUGUUUAGUCACCAGACAGCUAGAGGGCACCUGCCAUGGCAGCCUUAUACCCCAACAGGCGGCAUAACUCAAGAAUACAACCUACAACCUAACCUGCCACAUGCGCAUGAUACCCAACCGGACAGCAUCAGGUUGAAACACUACCAAUAAUACAAAGAGCGUGUGGCCAAUGGAUGCUUCCAACAAACCCCGGACUUUCAUGCAGGAGUCCCAUGUUCGCUUCCCAUAUGAAUAUGAUGUGUUUUUUCAGCUUACCAUGUGCCUCCUUCCCCUAAUCCUAACUAUCCAUGCCAAUGAGGACUUGUUGCCUAGUCAGGCAGUGGAACGCCUGCAGUGAUCAACUUUCAAGCUGUCAUUGACUUUUUUGGCCACUUGAGGGCAGCAGAGUAAGCUGUAAACCCAACACUGACAUUAUCACUUUGUAAAGUUGCUUGUAAACAGUUAUUUAUUUACA